CCGUUCUUUAGUCAUCCUGUCCUCCUCUUCAAGUUUUGGCUGCACUUAAGUUUGUAUCCUCCCGUACAAGACAACUACACUCUCUUUUAAACUCCCUUCAUCUGCCCUCUUACCUUAAGUUGGGCUAGUCCCACCAAAUCUUUCAACAUUUCGCGCCAAAACUCUUCGUGGUCCUCCAUGGACGACAUGGAGAAGCUCGCCUCGGGCGACUUUAUAAACCUCACAAACUCUUCUGUCCGCAGCUUUGGCUGGGAGAAUGUCACUGUCACUGUCAAAGAUCGCACUCUCAAGCGCCCAACCGACAUUCUGCACGACAUCAAUGGGAUCGUCAAGGCUGGUGAAAUGCUUGCCCUAAUGGGUCCAAGCGGCUCUGGUAAAACCACUCUUCUCAACGUACUCGCCCGUCGCACCGAGCACAUCAAGGGAGAGACUCACGAGCGCCUGUUCAUCAACGGACGCCACACAACUGGUCGCGAGUUUCGCAAAAUUGGUCGCUACGUCGAACAGAACGACUCCCUCAUGUCCGCCCUGACUGUCAAGGAAACGCUCCAUUUCGCCGCCCGUUUGUCUUUGCCUAGCUCCGUUUCCAAGCAGGACCGCAUGGUCAGAAUCGAAGAGUUACUAGCUUCAUUUGGUCUGCUCAACCAAGCCAACACUCUCGUAGGAGGUCCCGUCCAAAAGGGCAUCAGCGGCGGCCAGAAGCGCCGUCUCAGCGUCGCCAGCCAGUUGAUCACGAGCCCUAAGAUCCUGUUUCUGGACGAGCCCACCUCUGGACUUGACUCCACUGCAAGCUAUGAGGUCGUCAGCUACAUCCAGAAUAUUGCGCGUAAAUACAAACUCAUCGUCAUUGCCAGUAUCCAUCAGCCUUCAACAAACACCUUCCAACUCUUCGAUCGAUUACUCCUCCUUUCGCAGGGCAAGACUGUCUUCAACGGCUUGGUUCAGGAUGUGCAACACUACUUUGACAACCUUGGCAGACCCAUGCCUAUCCACAUGAAUCCCGCCGAAUUCAUGCUUGAUCUGGUCAAUGUCGAUUUUGAGCCAAACUCACGCCAGGCCUCGCUCGAACUUCACAAGAUACAGAGAUCAUGGAAAGAGUCUCCAAAUGCAAACGUCAUUGUUGACGAGAUUCUCCACGCAACUGCAGAGACCUGUACGUGUGAAGUGACUACACAGGAUGGUCCAAGCGCCUACAUGGUUCCUUUCACUCUCAUCCAUCGUUCCUUUAUCAAGAGCCGGAGAGAUCUGGUCACCUACUGGAUCCGAGUUGGCAUGUACAUGGGUCUGGCUGUCAUGAUGGGCACCGUCUGGCUGCGCUUGACUCCCGAUCAACACAACAUCCAGUCCUUUAUCAAUGCCAUCUUCUUUGGAGGUGCCUUUAUGUCUUUCAUGGCGGUCGCCUACAUUCCGUCGUUUCAUGAGGACCGGAGCCUCUUUGUCAAAGAGCGCGCAAAUGGACUGUAUGGCCCAACCUCUUUUAUGGUUGCAAACUUCAUCACCGGACUGCCCUUUCUCUUUCUCAUCACCGUCCUGUUCUCCGCCAUCUCUUACUGGCUGUCAAACUUCGAGCCCACCGCCACCGGCUUCAUGAUGUGGGUUCUCUACCUAUUUCUGGACUUGCUCGCUGCAGAGUCGCUCGUCAUUCUCAUCUCGAGCUUGACCAACAUCUUCGUCGUGGCAUUGGCCAUCACCGCCUUUGCAAAUGGCCUCUGGAUGAGUGUUGGCGGUUUCCUAGUCCCACUUGUGGAGCUCAAUGUGUUCUGGAAGUAUGCCUUCUCGUUUAUGGACUACCAAAGAUGGGUCUUCCAAGGCAUGUUGGUCAAUGAGUUCAAGGAUCGAACCUACGAUUGUGGUCGCCUUGCAAAUGGAGACUGUCAAUGCAUGUACGUCACAGAUCUGAUUGACCAGUGCAAGAUCGAUGGUAAAGGAGUGCUCGAUACUUAUGGCUACAAGACUGGGCAGGAAGGCAAGUAUCUGUGCAUCAUCGUUGGCAUCAUUGCAGGGUACAGACUGUUCGGCUGGCUUGCUCUUUACCUGAAGCGCACUUGAGCUGCCAUGAACAAUGGUCUUGGGAUCCCGAUGCUGUCGUUGACAAAGUAUUUUUUCUCGGUAUGGAUUAUGUCUAGAGGGG